CCCUCCCCGGCUCUUUGAUAUGGUAUUGUUGUGACUGCACUGUGUGGACUACCUUAAAAGUGUGACGCCAGGUUGUCAUGGAAACUGCUUUACGCUACAGGGUCUGAGGAAGAAAACAGAGUUUCGUUUCAGAACCACGCACAGCCUGGACAGCGACCGCACAACGAGCACAGCUCCAAAAGCGAAUGAGACCUGACAGAAGGACCCACUGACCCAAACGCUGGACGGAUAUUACGUGCUGGAGAUCGACACUGAGUGCAACUACGUGUCGCUUUCAGCGAAGUCUUUUUGAGACACCAUGACAGACCCAAAGAGUGACCAGCGUCGGUUCCACAACCUCACCCAGGAACAGGUGGAGACACUGGACCAGGUACUGACUGAGGUCAUCCCUAUCCAUGGACGUGGCAACUUCCCCACACUGGAGGUCAGACCGAAAGACAUCAUCCACGUGGUGCGUGACAAGCUGGUCGCCAAGGAGAUCAAGGUGCGCGAUGUGCGCCUCAAUGGCUCGACGGCCAGCCACGUGCUGGUGAAGGAGAACGGCACCAGCUACAAGGACCUGGACAUCAUCUUCGGCGUGGAGCUGCCGAAGCAGGAGGACUUCCAGAUCAUCAAGGAGGUGGUGCUCAGCUGCCUGCUGGACUUCCUGCCACAGGGCGUCAACAAGGACAAGAUCACGGCCCUGACCAUGAAGGAGGCGUACGUGCAGAAGAUGGUGAAAGUUUUCACGGAGCACGACCGCUGGAGCCUCAUCUCGCUGUCCAACAACAGCGGCAAGAAUGUGGAGCUCAAGUUCGUCAACUCUCUGCGCCGCCAGUUUGAGUUCAGCGUUGACUCCUUCCAGAUCAUUCUCGACCGCAUGCUAGAGUCCUACCUGGAGGCUGAGCAGAGGCAGGUCGCCGAGGCACAGAGGGUGGUGGUGGCAGAGAGCAUGUACGGCGACUUUGAGCAGGCCAUGGACCAUCUGCGCUACCGGCUGAUUGCCACGCGCAACCCAGAGGAGAUCCGCGGCGGCGGCCUGCUCAAGUACAGCAACCUCCUGGUGCGCGAGUUCAAGCCGGCCAGCGAGACGGAGAUCAAGACGCUGGAACGCUACAUGUGCUCGCGCUUCUUCAUCGACUUCCCCGACGUCAACGAGCAGCAGCGCAAGAUCGAGUCCUACCUGCGCAACCACUUCAUCGGCGAGGAGAAGAGCAAGUACGACUACCUAAUGACGCUGCGGCGCGUCGUGGACGAGAGCACCGUGUGCCUGAUGGGCCACGAGCGACGGCAGACGCUCAACAUGAUCACCAUUCUAGCCCUUAAGGUCCUCGGUGAGCAGAACAUCAUCCCCAACACCAGCAAUGUCACAUGCUUCUACCAGCCCGCGCCCUACAUGACCGACCAUAACUUCAGCAACUACUACAUCGCCAACGGACAGUCUCCCGUCAUAUACCACCCGUAUCCGUUGCAUAUACACAUGCAGACUGGGCUGGUCUAGUAUCAGGCACUGGUGGCCAGCUGAAGGCCAAUAAAGGAAGCUGAAAUGCGAACUACCCCAAACCGAUCUGCAUCCUCAAACCAAAACAAACAAAAUGGCCACCACUUUUCCUUCAAAAAUCUCGAGAGCCAGUCCCAGCACUUGAAGCAGAGCAAAGUCCACUCCAGUGCUAGAAUAUAGCAACAUAUUACAAAAAAAAUGAUAUCAGAGGAAAUGUUGGGUUUAAGUGUUUGUGCGGCUGCUCUUCCACAUGCUGCGUAACACACCAACAAACCUAGGGAGGCAAAUCCACACCUAAGUAAUCGGUUGUCUGGUGUUUUUAUCUGAUGAUGAGAGCGCUGUGGUGAUCAGUGGAAAUUGAACAUCAUACAAAGCGUCAGAUUCAAAUCUAAUGAAAUGUGAGCUGACGUCCAUGAUGUCUCAGGAGGACGCCUGCAGUUAGAUGCACACCCGCUGCUCUGAAUGCGAGAUUCUCUCAACCUGAGGACAAGCAAGGGUUUCGAAAAGGGCACGAGAGGGUGAGAGACAGAGAGAGAGAGAGAGAGAGAGAGAGAUAGAGAGAGAGAGAGAGAGAG